UUCUCAGCUUGACGUUUCUCAAUUACAGAGAACAACAAGCUACAUAAAUAUAUUCCACCUUCCACGUAUCUAAACCCAAUUCCCCCUCUUCUUUUUCCAAUUUUUUCUUUUCAAUUUAUUCCGGUGAAGUCCAAUCCCUCGGAAACAAUAUGCAGGCCAUUGCUCCGUCGGCGCCUAAUAGUCUCAAGUCCUUAACGGGGACGAUUCGUCCCACUCUAUCCCGACGCGGUCCCAGCCGACUUGUCGUCCAAAGCGUUUACCGAUCCGACUCCGUGAACUUCCCCAACGGCGUCGGAUUGAGCCGAUCCGACUGGCAGAGCUCUUGCGCUAUCCUCUCCAGCAAGGUCGUAUCCCAGGAGCAACCUACCGAGAAGCCCGGAGCCGCCGGGGGAGGAGGGGCGACCGGUGGUGCCGACCAUGUCGCUGCCGUCAACGGCCACAAGGCCAGCAUCGACCUUGAUCUGGUUCCGAUCAACACCGACAGCAACAACAAGCCGCCGUCGCAGCUGGCGCACAGGGCGCUCACCAUAACGGACCUGUCCCCGGCCCCGAUGCACGGGUCGGAGCUUCGCGUUGCUUACCAAGGCGUGCCCGGCGCUUACUCCGAAGCCGCCGCCGGCAAGGCCUAUCCGAACUGCGAAGCGAUUCCGUGCGACCAGUUCGAAGUUGCUUUCCAAGCCGUAGAGCUCUGGAUAGCCGAUCGAGCUGUGCUGCCGGUCGAGAACUCACUCGGCGGCUCGAUCCAUCGGAAUUACGAUCUCCUACUCAGGCAUCGCCUGCACAUCGUCGGCGAGGUCCAGCUUCCCGUCCAUCACUGCCUCCUCGCCCUCCCGGGAGUCCGAAAGGAGUAUUUGACCCGUGUCAUCUCGCAUCCGCAGGCCCUGGCACAGUGCGAGCUGACUCUUACCAAACUCGGCCUCAACGUGGCGCGCGAGGCAGUCGACGACACAGCCGGAGCCGCCGAGUUUGUUGCGGCCAACAACCUGCGCGACACUGCGGCAAUUGCGAGCGCACGUGCUGCCGAUUUGUACGGCAUGAAUAUCCUCGCCGACGGGAUACAGGAUGACUCGAGCAACGUGACACGAUUCGUGAUGCUUGCCCGAGAGCCGAUCAUCCCUCGCACGGACCGGCCGUUCAAGACGAGCAUUGUGUUCGCGCACGACAAGGGGACGUCCGUGCUGUUCAAGGUGCUCUCGGCGUUUGCUUUCAGGAACAUCAGCCUGACAAAGAUCGAGUCAAGGCCUCACAGAAACCGUCCGAUCAGGCUGGUAGACGACGCGAACGUGGGCACGGCCAAGCACUUCGAGUACAUGUUCUACGUUGAUUUCGAAGCGUCGAUGGCGGAGGUUCGGGCCCAGAAUGCGCUGGCGGAGGUGCAGGAGUUCACGUCGUUCUUGAGGGUACUGGGCAGUUAUCCCAUGGACAUGACGCCUUGGUGCCCCUCCGGAGGAGAUUAGCAACGCUGGCAGGCAUCGCCCUCUUUCACCAAACAACAAAAAUGAAUAUAAUAUUUUAUUUAAUGUCAGUAAAAAGAUGUGUUACUCUUACAAAAAUCCCGUUAAAUUGUUUUGGACAACCAAAGGGAUUUCAUUUUAUUUUUUCUUUUUUGUAUUCUCUGAGUGAUUAAUGGGCGGACUAGCAAAAGCAGGAAUUGUUGGUGGCUCCAUGUAUGUAUGUAUGCAUGUAGAUGAUGUGAUGAUGAUGAUGGUGCGUCACGAAAUUUGUGGUGGUUACGUGUUCAAUUGUCAUCCACCUAAUCACUUCUUUGUAAGGAAAUUUUUUUCAAAAAAUGAGAUGUUGUUAAAUUUGUCA